AUGAAUUUCUUUGAAAAGAGUCUUUCUUUUGGUGAAAAGGUAGAAACUAAAACAUAUUCAAACAAAUUUUCACCAUAUGGGUUAGAUAGAGGUUCAUUUUACAUUACAAAUUUUAGAUUUGUUUUUAUACCUGAGAAAAAGAAGCAAUUUUAUAAUAAUUCUGUAUUAUUAAGUUCAUAUAUACAAAAUAACAGCAAUAGUAGUAACAGCAAUAAUAGCAAUAGUGUUACAAAUGGCAAUUCAUUAAAUUCAUCACAACCAAACACAAAUAUCAAUGGAAACAAUUAUUAUAAAGAAAAUGAAUUAUUAGAAAUACCCUUAACAUCAGUAUUAAAGUUUGAAAGAUUUGUAACAAGAAAAGAUAAGGUUAUCGAUAUUACAUGUAAAGAUAUUAGGCAAUAUAGAUUCUUUUUUACUCUGGAUAAUGAUAAAGUGGAAAUCAUCGAAGCUAAAUUCAAUAAGCUCUCACCAUCAUCAAUAGAGAAAUCAUUUGCAUUUUAUAACUCUGAAAGAUUUUCACAUAAUACCAAGGGAUGGUAUAUUUAUGAUGCAGAAAAAGAAUAUAAUAGAAUGGGUAUAUCACAAAGUUAUAAAACAAGUCCAUGGGCAAUUAGUUUAAUUAAUUUUGAUUAUUUGUUUAGUGAAACAUACCCAAAGAUAUUGGUUGUACCAUCAAGUUGUAAUGAAAAGGAAAUUUUAAGCAAGGUUGCAUCAUUUAGAACAAAUAGAAGAAUACCAGCAUUAUCAUGGCGCCAUAAACAAAAGAAUUCAGUUAUUAUAAGAUCAAGCCAACCUAAAGUGGGAAUACAAAGAACACGUAGUAAAGAGGACGAGUUAUUAUUAAAUAUGUUUAGAAUUGCAGCAAAUCCAUUAUACCCACUAGUUGUAGCAGAUGCUCGUCCCAAAAUGAAUGCUGUAGCAAAUCAAGCUAAAGGUGCAGGCUAUGAAGACGUUCAAAGGGGUUACCAAAGAACGGUUAUCGAGUUUUUAGGUAUUGAAAAUAUCCAUUCAAUGAAGGAAAGUUUUAAAAAGUUAAGGGAGGCUGUUCUAGGACCUGAUGUUUCGCAUUUUUACAGCAAUAUCGAAAAUAGUAAAUGGUUAGAGCAUAUUUUGCUUUUAAUUGAAAGUGCUUCAAGAGUAGCCAGAUUAAUAGAAGAUGAUACUUCAGUAUUGGUACAUUGCUCUGAUGGUUGGGAUCGUACUUCACAAAUCACAUCUCUUUCAAUGCUAUUAUUAGACCCAUAUUAUCGUACUUUCGAAGGCUUUAUGAUUCUCAUCGAAAAGGAAUGGUUGUCUUUUGGCCACAUGUUUUAUGUUAGAACUCAUGGUAAACAAGCAGAAGAACGUUCUCCAAUUUUUACACAGUUUAUAGAUUGUGUUUGGCAAAUCUCCAAUCAAUUUCCACACCAUUUCGAAUUUAACGAGCGUUUCCUUUUUAAGAUUUUAGAUGCAGUAUACAGUUGUCAAUAUGGUACAUUUUUAUAUGACUGCGAAAGAGAGCGUUCAAAAGCAUUCAAUACUCCAUCAUUUUGGGCCUAUGCCGAAACCAAUAGAUCAUUAUUUAUCAAUCCACUUUAUGUACCACCAAAAAUUUCAACAUCAUCAUCAUCAUCAUCAUCAUCAUCAUCAACUACACCAACCCAAGGUAAUAAGAGUUAUAAAUGUCUUGCGUUAUUCCCAAUGAUUGAUAUUAAAUAUAUUCGUCUUUGGGAAACUUAUUACUGCCGUACCCAUUAUACAUUGGGAUUUGACAAAAUGGAGGCACUUUCAAAUUGGGCCAUUAUGAAGCAAAAUGAAUUACAGUCACUAAAAGAAGAAAAUAUAAAAUCUGAAAAAGAAAAAGAGAUUAGUAUUCAAAGAUGCCAAGAUUCCCUCAAAGAAAAUGAAAAACUUCAUCAACAAAUUGAAGAUCAUAAAAAAGAAAUUACAAUUAGAGACCAAAUUUGUGAAAAUAGACAUCAAGAAUUAUUGUCAUUAAGGAAGGAAAAAGAUUUAUUAUUGCAAAUUUUAGAAAAUAAUAAUAUUUUAAUUGAUGAAAAUGAUUUAUUCGAUGAAACUAACAGUAUUUUAUUGCCUAAUAAUCACAAAGAAAAUUUAGAAGAGCCAGAACAAGAACAAAAAGAACAACAAGAGCCACAAGAGCAACAAGAGCAACAAGAGCCAGAAGAACAACAAAAGCAAGAAGAGCAACAAGAGCAACAGAAGCAAGAGCAACAAGAGCAACAAGAGCAACAAGAGCAACAAGAGCAACAAGAGCAACAAGAGCAACAAGAGCAACAAGAGCAACAUGAACAAGAACCAAAUAGUAAUCAAAAAAAAGAAGAGAAUUCUAAAUUUGGAGAUAAGGAUGAAGAUGAAGAAUUGGAUGAGAUGGAUCGCAAAUUAAAUUCUAUCGAGUUUGAGGAUAAUAGUAGUUUGUAUAAUAGUUUACCAACCCAACAUAAUCACAAUAUUCACAAACACAAUUCGCACCAUCUUAAUAAUAACCACAAUAGUAAUCAUAGCCAUAGUCACAAUCAUUUAUCAUCUUCAUCUAUUUUGGAUUAUAGUAUCAGCUCUCUACAAAAUAAAAUCAGUGAGUUAGAACUUAAAUUAGCAAAGGUCGAAGGUUUUAAUCAAAAUAUUAUAAUCUCAGAGAAAUUAAAUCAAGAGAGAAUCGAAAAGUUAAAUAUCCAGCUAGAAAGCAAGGUUCAAUUAUUAAAAGAAAAAGAAGGUGAAAUUAAAGAAAAGGAUGAAGCAAUUGAUGAUGGUGAAAGGAAUAUCAAACAAAAAAUUAAAUAUAUUAUUGAACAAGAGAAGGCAUAUUUUAGCUUGAAACAACAAAUUGAAGAUUUUUUUGAACAAUAUAAUAAUAGUAAUAAUAAUAAUAACCCACUUGGUAAUUCACCAAAUGUAAAUAAUAAUAAAACCCCUGUAAAUAAUAACAACAACAACACCACACCCAAUGGCAGUAUAUCAUCAAUUUUUAAAACUAGAGGUUUCUUAUUUGGUGGUUUUCGUGAUACAAUUGAUGUUUCAAUAGGUAGCACAGAUAAUAGUAAUAAUAAUAAUAAUAAUAACAAAAAAAAUAAAACCAAAAUAUCCAAACCAUCAGCAAAUCCAACAACAACAACUUAUGCGCAACCAAAUAGAAACAUAGAAAUAAUAGAAGAAUACUUUCCAAAUGGUAGUACAACAAAUGAUAGAGAAUUAAUGGCACCAGUAACUACAGCAACCACAGGAUCAACACCGCCUGAUAUUAAUAUUGGUGGGUCUAUUGUAACAGAUGGACAAUCAAUUAACAACAACAAUAAUAGUAAUGCAAAUGGUGGUAGUAAACAAUCAUCAGUUAAUCUUCAAUGUACUGGGUGCUUUAAAGAAAUUCCAAAGAAUUCAACCUAUGUUAAAGGUAAAAAAGAUAGAAUUCAUUGCGAAUUAUGCGAAAAAGAUUAUCAAUCGAUCAAACAACGUCAUAGAAGAUGCACAACAUGCGAUAAAACUUUGGAUAAAAAUUCAAAAAUUAUUGAUGGUAAUAGAUAUUGUUCAGUUUGCAUUUCCAAAAUUAUUGAAGGUAUUGAUGAUUUAGGUUUUUAA